GGAAAAUGGAAGCCAUUGAGAAAAUGCCUCGGCCGAAAAAUAUAACGGAAUUGCGUGCGUUUUUAGGAUUAAUUAAUUAUUACGGACGGUUCAUUCAAAACUUAAGUGGAAUACUUACGCCAUUACAUACGUUGUUACAAAAAGAGGGCGGCAAAGCUGUGAGUUUCAGAUGGACACAGGAGUGCGAAGCAGCUUUCUUAGCGGCGAAAAGAGAAUUUACGAGUAAUAAAGUUUUGGCGCAUUACAAUCCCAAACACCCAUUAAUCGUAGCAUGUGAUGCAAGCAUGUACGGAGUAGGAGCGGUCCUUUCGCAAAAGCACCCAGAUGGAUCAGAGCGGGUAAUCCAGUAUGCUUCGCAAUCGUUGUCUCGAACACAGCAGAAGUAUGCACAGAUCGAUAAAGAAGCGUAUGCAAUUAUUUUCGCGAUAAAAAAAUUCUAUCAGUAUUUAUACGGAAAUCGUUUUACACUUUACACAGACCACCGUCCACUUACACAAAUAUUAGCACCAAACAAAUCAUUGCCGGUACAUAGCGCGAUGCGCAUGCAACAUUACAAAAUUUUCUUACAAGCGUUCAAUUACAACAUCAAGUAUAAAAAUACGAAAUUACAUAGUAAUGCAGAUGGAUUGUCGCGGUUACCAAUUCAGUCAGAGGACGAUUUCGAAUACGACGUAGUAGAUGAAUACGAAAUUAAAUUAAUAGAAUCUUUUCCAGUCACAUUUACAGAAUUAGCAGCGGAAACGGAAAAAGAUACAGAAUUACAAAAGUUAUCGCGGGCGUUACAAUCAGGCAAAGAACUGAAGCCGAAAGAAAGAUUCAAUGUUCCACUUGCUGAAUUUAGUUGCCAACGUGGCGCGAUUUUACGAGACGGUAGAGUUUUGGUGCCGCGGAAAUUACGAAAGAAAAUUUUGCAAGAGUUGCAUGAGGAACACUUCGGCAUUAUAAAAAUGAAGGCAAUGGCUAGAAGAUAUUGUUGGUGGCCGGGUAUCGACAAUGAUUUAGAGAAUGUAGCUAGAAACUGCGAAAAUUGUAAUUUAAUUCGAAACGAUCCGCCGAAAACACAAACACUUACGUGGAAGCCAGCAGAGCGAGCGUUCCAAAGAGUACAUAUUGAUUACGCAGGCCCCUUUAUGGGACAUUACUUUUUUGUGUUAGUAGACGCGUUUUCAAAGUGGCCAGAGGUGCCCAUUACGAAAAAUAUUACAAGUAAUACAACGAUCAAAUGCUGUAGACAAAUUUUUUCAACGUUUGGCAUACCGGAGGUGGUAGUGUCAGACAAUGGUCGACAUUUUGUAUCUAGCGAGUUCAAAAACUUUCUUAAAUGUAAUGGAGUAAUACACAAAACUACAGCACCAUUUCAUCCAGCGACAAAUGGGCAAGCGGAGAGAUUCGUCCAAACCUUCAAGCAGAUGUUAAGAAAAAAAUUCAAUAGUCUUUCGGCAAGUACAGAAGAUUUACAGAUAGCUUUGUACCAAAUUCUAUUACAUUACAGAAAUCUGCCUCAUGUGUCGUUGGGUGAAUCUCCAGCAGAGAAAAUGCUAAAGCGUAAUUUGCGGACUCGAUUAGAUUUAUUGUUGCCAACACAAAGUGAUACAAGCAAUAAUUGCGAGACUAAACCGUACGAUAAGAUUCGCGAAGUACAUAUCGGCGAACGAGUAGAAUGCCGGAAUUAUUACGGCAAACAAAAAUGGAUUUUCGGUAACGUGCAACAAAGACUCGGUCAUGCACAUUAUAUCAUUCGUUUAGAUAAUGGUAAAUGUUGGAAAAGACACAUUAAUCAAAUUCAGAAAAUAGGCGAGUGUCCAAUUAGAGAUACGUAUAAUAUGAGCGACGAUAUGUUCGACUACGAAACCCCAAAUGUAAAUCAAACACCUGUUAUUAAUUCGAAAAAUGUAAAUGUAGACAAGAAUGCGAGAAUGGUAAAAGAAACCCCAGCGCCAAUAAAGGUGGAUAAUACACCACGGAGAUCAGUGCGGGAAAAGAAAGUUCCAACGCGUUAUGGGGAAUCAAGUUCAUAAAUAAAAAAAAAAGAGAACAACGUCAUUAACACAUAUACAUGUAGAUUUUUUUUUUUGUUUGUGGUUAUGAUUUUUUUUUUCCUUAAGAGAGGGAAGAGUGUUACAUAGUUACAUGUCUUUUCAAAAUAAGCGCGUAAGCAUGACAUCGCGUUUAGGAUAGGAGAGCAAGUGGUAUGGCGGGGGUGACAAUGUGCGAUGUAUAUAUACACGCGUAUCGGCGGAUUCGCUCUCUUGUAUCCUCUCGGGCACAGCGUAAGAAACACACACACAGAUAGCUGAGUUAUACGAACCACAGGAAAUAAAGCGAUUGUAAAUUUAGUGUAUACGUGGCAGUUACUUAUUGAACCCCUUUUCCAAGCGGGAAUACAACACAAAUUAUUUAAUUUAUUGAUAUGUUAGC